GUUGGGAGAGAAGAGCAGUGCAUACAAGCAAUGACCCACAUUGCUUUGUGGAAUUUUAUGAACACAGAGAUGCAGCUGCUGCAUUAGCUGCUAUGAAUGGGAGAAAAAUUUUGGGAAAGGAGGUCAAAGUAAACUGGGCCACAACACCAAGUAGCCAGAAAAAAGAUACUUCCAAUCAUUUCCACGUGUUUGUUGGGGAUUUGAGUCCAGAAAUUACAACAGAAGAUAUCAAAUCAGCAUUUGCCCCCUUUGGUAAAAUAUCAGAUGCCCGAGUAGUUAAAGACAUGGCAACUGGAAAAUCCAAAGACUAUGGCUUUGUAUCUUUUUAUAAUAAACUGGAUGCAGAAAAUGCAAUUGUGCAUAUGGGAGGUCAGUGGUUGGGUGGUCGUCAAAUCAGAACCAAUUGGGCCACACGUAAACCACCUGCACCUAAAAGUACACAAGAAAAUAACACUAAGCAGUUGAGAUUUGAAGAUGUUGUAAACCAGUCAAGUCCAAAAAAUUGUACUGUGUACUGUGGAGGAAUUGCUUCUGGGUUAACAGAUCAGCUUAUGAGACAGACAUUCUCACCAUUUGGGCAAAUUACGGAAAUCAGAGUUUUUCCAGAGAAGGGCUAUUCAUUUGUCAGAUUUUCUACCCAUGAAAGUGCGGCCCACGCCAUUGUUUCGGUGAAUGGUACUACAAUUGAAGGACAUGUUGUUAAAUGCUAUUGGGGUAAAGAAUCUCCUGAUAUGACUAAAAACUUCCAACAGGUCGACUAUAGUCAGUGGGGUCAGUGGAGCCAAGUUUAUGGAAACCCACAACAGUAUGGACAGUAUAUGGCAAAUGGGUGGCAAGUACCACCUUAUGGAGUAUAUGGGCAACCAUGGAAUAAACAAGGAUUUGGAGUAGAUCAAUCACCUUCAGCUGCUUGGAUGGGUGGAUUUGGUGCUCAGCCUCCCCAAGGACAAGCCCCUCCCCCUGUAAUACCUCCUCCCAACCAGGCUGGAUAUGGCAUGGCCAGUUACCAAACACAGUGAGCUGGGACCCUAAACAAAAUGUAAUUCAUGAUAGCUUCAAUUUCCUUGUGACACUCUGAAGACAUGAAAGUAGACAUCGGAAAAUGAAAAUAUUUAUUUUAAAAAUUGAAAUGUUUGGAACCUUUAGCACAGCUUUGCUUUGGUGAAGGACACAUGUCUUCUAGUUCUGCCUUUUUAAGUUUUUGUUCAUGAUGGAUAUGAACAUGAUUUUUCUUUGUGUACAAAAACUACAAU